CAGAGGGUGCACGGGCUUAGAUCUUGGGGUGCACAAAGUUCCAACGGCUGACUUUCAGAAACUUCCUGUGGGAGUUUUAGGGGCCAUGACGUUAAGGAGCCAAGGCUUCGGGUCGGAAGCGCCGCGGUGCUGCGACGGUGGGACUCGGUGCAGCUCUCUGGACGCCGGGGUCCAGGCUGAUGGCUGAUGAUGUCAGGGACUAACAACGUCGCCCAGGCCCGGAAGCUGGUGGAGCAGCUGCGCAUCGAGGCUGGCAUCGAACGCAUCAAGGUCUCCAAAGCCUCUUCAGAACUGAUGAGCUACUGUGAGCAGCAUGCCAGGACCGACCCCUUGCUGGUCGGAGUGCCGGCCUCUGAGAACCCCUUCAAAGACAAAAAGCCCUGCAUAAUUCUCUAGCGCGCUCUCCAUGCUCUCCCCCGUCCCCCCCACGCUGUCCAACUUUUACUGUGAGAAGAAUACCCGAAUCCCUUCCUCAUGCUUUGAGUUCUAGAGGAACCUUCGUGAGAGCAGACCCCCUGAUGAGGGUGGAGUUUGGGACCCCGCCAUGGGCCUCUGGGCGCCCCGAUGUUAGCCCCCCCUCCCCACGCCCGUCCAGUAUCCCCGGGGACCUGAGUGAUGUGACUAUGUCCCCUUAGGUUGGGGACAUGGCUCAGCGGGUGAGGCGCGCGCCUCGCAAGCGUGAGGACCUGAGUUCUAAUCCCACAUAAAAAGUCCAGACGCAGGGGCGCGUGUGUGCGCCCCAGCACUCCCGAGGCCAAAGCAAGGAUCCCGAGGGCUGGGGACAGCCGUCCUGUCACCGACCUCCGGGACCCCGCCUCCCAGCUGGAGGAACACUCCCGGCGUCCCCCUGUCAUGCACAGGGCCCUUUCUCCGGGGACGCGGCUCGUUUCAGAACAUCCGGGUCUCCACGCAGCGCGGGCAGUUGCUGCUAUGGCCGAAUGCGUGAUUUUGUCUCCUAAGCCCGAGACCCACGUGGUCACGGGUGGCUCCCCGUUCCCUCGCUUUCCCCAGUUACCAAGGCUCAUGAGGGCAGAAAUGCAGACUUAAUUAUCUUGAAGAGACUGAGAGGGAGUCACAGAGAUGGGGUCCUGCAUCCCACGUGGUGACGGUCACUGUGACUCUGGAUCCCCUCCCCUGGCUGGACCAAAUCACUCUCCAAGGAGCUGGAGGCCCUCAGUGUGAGGACUGCAGACCAGGUCUGCACUGCACCCCCACUGGGGGUUCUGGGCGGGGCUCCACCCUGACCACGCCCCCAGCCCCUCACUGGGGAUUCUGGGCGGGGCUCCACCCUGACCACGCCCCCAGCCCCUCACUGGGGAUUCUAGGCGGGGCUCCACCCUGACCACGCCCCCAGACCCUCACUGGGGAUUCUAGGCGGGGCUCCACCCUGACCACGCCCCCAACCCUCACUGGGGGAUUCUAGGCGGGGCUCCACAUGACCACGCCCCCAGACCCUCACUGGGGAUUCUAGGCGGGGCUCCACCCUGACCACGCCCCCAGACCCUCACUGGGAAUUCUAGGCGGGGCUCCACCCUGACCACGCCCCCAGCCCCUCACUGGGAAUUCUAGGCGGGCCUUCACUCCUGAGCCAGGGCCUCCACUGUUUCUGUUUCGUUCCCUGGAACUGGAGAUCUUCUUGCCUCUGCCUCCAGAGUACCUGCAUGACAGACAGGUCUCUGCUUCCUUGCCCGGCACAGGGUUGGCUGUGAAGAACCCUCUACACAGGGCAGUAACAGCACAGUGGCCCCUGACGAGGCUUGGCUGUGCCAGCGUGGACUGCCGCCAUACCUCACAGGCAUCCUAAGCCCCGGGAUGAUGAUGGAUUCAGGAGUGCCCUGCUGCCUCAGGCCCCUCCCAGAAGGCCAGUGUGGGAGCAAGCAGCAGAAAUGAAGCCAGUCCAGUUAUGUCCCACGGCCCUGGUGGAAAUCAGCUCCCAAGAGCUGCACCAGGCUGGCCCCUGGACAGCUGCCCAAACUGCGCACGGGGAAAGUGAAUGGGGCUCACACACCCCGCCUCGUGUCCCAGCCCUCCAGGCACAACCUACCUCCUAGGUAAGGUGGCAGGGCCCCCAACUCAUUCUGAUGGUGCCAGGGAAAGAAGUCUGCAGUGAGACUAAGGGGAGACAUUGUAGGUGCUAAGAGGGGACCCCCGUCUCCCCCUCCCUGGGCUGGCUCCCAGAGGGCACAGACUUAAGGUCAGACCCUUCCUGUGCAUCGGGUCCUCAUGACUGGUCAAGGAGGGUCAGGGACAUUGGGGAACCUGACUCCCCAAACCAGUGUUGGGAUCAGAAAAGCCACUGUGUCUCCCCAAAGCUACAGCCACUUUGCGUUAGAGUAGGAACCAGGGCCCCAGGGUGUGUGUACCCAGCCUCACUAGCAAAGAGAGAGAAAAGCAUGUACUGGGGACCAGGGUGGCAGCCCCGUGAGCAGAGCACUCUCCUAGCAUGCCAGAGAGCCAAGCUUCCAUCUCCAGCUCACAGCACCCAGGCCUGGGCACACUGGGGAGGUGGAGGUAGGAGGAUCAGGACUUCAUGGUCAUCUUCUGCUACAUAAUGAUUUCAAGGCUAGCCUGGACUACAGGAGACCAUGUCUCAAAACCAGAAAACUCAGCGCACUCAUCCGCCGUCCCUGCUACCUCGGCCUCCCUCAGGUGGGGUUGCUGGCAGUGGAUGUCAUGGCCAGUGUUUGGUAGAAGCAGCUUUUCCUCUCUCCACUCUAGGAAAGAAAAAAAAAAAAAUCAAACCAACAUCUACACCUGAACCUCCAACUGCCCCUCCCCAGGUGACCCACAGACCAAGGGCAAAAGUGGCCUCUUGUUCCCCAAGGAAGGUGGGACAUGCUUUACCAGUGUUUCCAGGAUGGACCUUGGGCCCCAGAAUAGUCCCCGGGUCCCAUCCCAGCCACCAGAGCCCUGCCUCGGCUUGGAGAAGCCAGGACACAACAGCAAUCAGGAGCCGGGCUGUGGUGGCGCACACCUUUAGCCCCCCGAUAAAGGCAGAGGCUAAUGAGUCCCUGUGAGUUUGAGACCAGCCUGGUCUACAGAGCGAGUUCCCCACAGCCAGGGCUACAGAGACACAGUCUAAAAAAGGAAGAAAAGGGAAAAAGCAGCGAGAUCUGCUCCAGCUUGGGUGACCGAGGAGAGACUUCCAACCCACAGAGAAGCCGCCAGGCCCUCCCUUGUCCUCAACAGAAGCCAUAAGCACCCUGUCUGAGUGUCUCAGACACAAUGGCCAGACGUCACAGGACGUCACACAGCACUUUCUGUUUCCUGCACUUCACGCCAGGCCCUGGCUCCCCCUCUUCUGUCUGCAUUGUGACUUGGUUGGUUUUUAUUUCUGAUUUUAAAAAAGAAUUCUGUUGUGCCACACCCACUCUGACAGUGUUUAAUAUUGUGUGGAAUGAGGGUCACGGCAAUGUCAAUCCUCCAUAAUAAAGACUCAGUCUUCCUUUUA